AUGUCGAACAAUCUCAAUCAGUUGUGUAGCUGCUGCAAACAGCAGGAAGUUGCCGAUGCGGCUGCUAGCGCUGAGGACGUGCUUUUCAGUCGAGCUCCUCAUAGGGUGCUGUUUUUCGCUGACGCAAAGGAGCGAAGUGGACUGAAGGUGGAGAAGGAGCGAGACGAGUUGAGAAAGGAAUUUGUCGUAGGAGCCGCUGAUGCGAAAGAUCGUGCUCUAUUGGAACUUGCUCAAGGAGUGAACUUUGAGUACUUCUUCCACAAGGAUGCUUCUUAUCUGCGCCGCGAGAUUUCAAGAGUACAGCCAACCAUCCUUCACAUCGCCUGCCAUGGCUUUGAAGAUGGUAGAUUGACCCUGGGAGGCAAGAGCGUUGAUGCAGAUGACUUGAUACGCUCUUUGCAAGAAGUAAUCCUCGAUUGCAAGAAUCUGCGGCUGGUGGUGCUCAACUUGUGCUGGUCGAGCCUGAUCGCCGAGAAGCUUCGCGGCCAUGUCGACUUCAUCAUCGCCCAUGAGAAGGAAGUGAGCGACGAGGACGCGAUUGAUAUUGCGAAAGAGCUCUACUACUCGCUCGGGCAGAACUCUUGCCUGGAUGUGAUCGUGAGAGAUUAUCUUCGACUGAAAUGUGAUCAGUGCCACCUGCUCGCUCGCGUGCCUAGUGAUGUGCGCGCAUGGGGACAAGAGCAUGGCGUCAUGCGACGGCAAAAUGCGGCACCUCCUCCAGCUGCCAUGGAUGAUCAGACCCAACGCGAUGUAGAGCAGGCAGGGAGUGGGAUGGAGCGAGCUGUAGGCGUCGUCCAGCAAGGCGAGCAAGGAGGCUUGACGCAAACAAGAGCAGGGGAUGUGUUUGUCGUGGCUUACAGCCAGGAAGACGCUGAGAUGUUUAAGCGCCAUGCCAAGGAUGCAUGCAGGCGCUUCCUACACAGCAUGCAUGAGCAAGAGUCGCGCUGGAGGCUGUGCUCGGGGAUGCUGCUCUACUUCCUGCAGUUUAUCAGCUUCUCGUCACGUCCAGUGCUUCAUCACUGGUACUCCUUGGUGAGGCGCAACCGACUUGAGAGUGAGCUCGUUGGCCUUGUGCAGAAGUUUUACGAUGCGGGAAAGAUAUCUUCCUCGUCGUUUGAGGAAUGGAGGGAACGAGAGGGCCAUGCAGAUGUACCUCGAGAGAAGUUGUGCAUUGCGAUGCUGGACUACACGCUUAGCACACUGAUGAACGAUUUCAUAACAGACGAGCAAGCGCGGCAAGAUGCCUUGUUCAAUUGGCAAUCGGAGGUAGAAUCAUUGUACGACCCAUCUAUGUCUGCUGCGGACGGGAUGGACUCUCUGGAGGCGUAUUUACGCGAAUCGGAGGGCAUGGGCAAUGGCAGCUUGUUUUAUUGCGUUCUUCUCGAAGAGGCAGUACAGGUUGGAAGCUUCAUCGCCAUCUUCAAGAUGACGAAACUGAGCAGCGUCUUUGUGCUUCGCUGCUUGCUCGAAUACAACACUGAGAUGAUGCUGAGGAGCCAGGGUCCAGCUGAUGGCCUCUGCAAGCUGAGAACCUGGAUCAGCAGCGCUGGCUGGGUUGUCAAUUUCAGCAGUGGCAGAUUGGAUUGGACCGAGCCAGAGGGAGAGGGAGAGGGAGAGCUGAGCGGGCAGCUGGGGAGAUCGUUUGACGCACUGCAGGCAUGCAACAGUGGCUUCGUAAGCUUGCAGGACUUCCUCAAGGAAGAAGCUCAUGCUCAAAGGACGGACCUGACAGGAGGCGGUUCCAACAUGCAGAAACAGCUCGAGCUGGGAAGAAGCCAGACUCGGGUCGCUGAAGAUGUCAAGUCAGAACGAGCUCGGACAGCGAUCUCAAGCAUGUCCACAGACCUGCUGAGGCAGCAGCUCACCUUUCAUGCUGUUCGGCGCAUGCAGGAAGACGACAUCAGCUUUGAGCUCAUCCGAGACACUGUCCGUCGUGGUUGGCGGAUCGAGUUGAAAUCUGCAGUCACCUACGUCUCAGACCACAUCACAGUCGUAACCCAGGGCUCGCAGCUGAUCACCGCAUGGCGCAACGGGCUGACGAGUCUGUGGCCGCUGGUCAAGCAGAAGGAGGACAAGCUGGUGAGCGACACGGCUUACUCGUUCGUACAGCACAGAGACAAGAUUCUCUUCGCUGGUGUGCUGGACGUGUCUAGCGAGCAUGCAGAGAUAGGCUUCGGCCUGCACAGACUUGGAGCAUCGCUGGAAGCAAGCUACUACGAUGCAAUGGUCAUUGAGCUGGAGAGACUCGCGCCCCCCAGAGCGCGAGGACAGCAGUGGCGACUAGAGAAGAUCCUCGAGCGAGGAGCGAGUGAACAUGAAGUUCUUCCGGAGGAGGCUCUCCCUGGCAACAUCGACCAGAUGCUUCGUGACGUGGCAAGCGAGCUGUCUCAAGCGACCACGAGGAAUGAGCAGAGACCGGGCUAUGCCAUCAACCUCUCCAUCCGGGGUACCAUGCACUCCGACCUCCUCGUACAGCGAAGACUUCAACCCUGCCAAGCGUCCGAUGUAGCUCAAGGACAAUCAUGGGUCAAGUUUGGCACGGGCAACGACGAUCAGCUCAUCCCUCCUUACGCUGGCUUCGGAAAGCUUGUACAAGUGAUGCAGGAGACAGCUUGUUGUCUUCCGGAAGUUGGUGGACGCUGGACGUAUUUGGACACGAGAUACAAUGACAUGUGCUACAAAUACACCAUGCUUCCUCUCAACAGGUCGCAGGAGGGCAACAAGAUCUCGUUCCAUGUUGUAUGCGUUCAAUCGAACGACGAUGACGACGGGGAUGGAGCUGUGUAUCGACGGAUCGGUGUCGGGCGGGGAACGCUGAGUCUUGAUUCCCAGGGCGAGCCGGCAGGCCUUGUACUGCGAUUGGUCAUGGGGAAGGUUUGCAACAACGAGAAGAUGGAAGCCGAGGGCACGAAGCUUGAGAUGUGGCAGGGAGACUCGCGCAUCCUCCGAGGAACGAGCGACACAGAGCUGCGCAAGUUCCUCGGGCCUGAGAGGACGAUGGGAGACUUGAGUUACCGAGAGACUGACCGCGAGAGCUUCGAGCGCCUCUUGGCAGGGUUCUUGCCCGUGCAGCUGAGCUGGGAGGAGGCCAUACAGAGCGGAGAGAUCGAGCGGAUGGAGGAGCUGAUCCGCGAGGAUGCCCAACUUCUCACCAAGCCCAUGCGAGUCGCAAGGAUCAUCAAUGCCCCGCGCCUUCAGGGUAGAGACGGCUUCCCUGUGCUGCCCAUCGUUGCUGCUGCUCUGUACCGCCGCUUCGACGUCGUUGACGCGCUGCUGCCGCACUACGGAGCGAUAGGAAUGCAGUUUGACGCGUUCGUCAUGACCGUCUUGUCCGGGAGCAAGCGAGCUCGUCAGGCGCUCAAGGAGAUGCUAGGGGAGCAUCCUCACAUCCUCAGGGAGCUCUGUCCCAGCAGCGCUUUCAUCGGAGGUCGGCAAGCCACCCAUCCCCUUGCCUCGUCACGUGGGCCGACCGAGGACCUCAGGCUCGUCGGCUGCUCCCUUCUCGAGAUCGCCGCGAAGUUGCAGCUGACCGACACGGUACAGCUGCUCCUCCAGCUGGGCUCGACGCACACGCUAGUCUCUGCCCUGCAGGCUGGUGCGGUGGAAGAGCUACGGAGGAUCUUGCGACAAAGCCCAGCUGGAUUCAACCUUGUCAAUCGUCACUUUGACGGAAGGAGUGCGGCGGAGGCGAACAUCCAUAGCAUGACUCCGCUCAUGUACGCAGCCUACAGGAACGACGUGGCGAUGGCACGCAUGCUGCUGGAGGAGGGAGCCGACAUCUUCGUCCAAAGGAGGGGGCAGAGCUCUACCUGCAUCAACUACGCGCAGAUCUAUGACCGGAACGUACAGCAGCGCUUCCCCAUGCUGCUGCUGCUCCUCGAGGAGUACAGGAGGAGGAGGAGGGCAGGGGAAUGUCCUCCGGACUGGAUCAACCUGAGGGAGAGGUGCAAUGAAUGGAUGGACAGCACGCACCCGGACGCAAAGAACCUCAUCGUCGAGUACGAGCUCGAUAUGGAUGAGGACGACAUUGAAGGCGUUGACGAGGUCGUCUCGGAGCUUGAGCGCACCUCCCUGCAACCCUGCGAGAGAGACUCGGAACCGUAA